AUGAACCUGACAAAAGGAAAAGGAGAGUCAACCCAAGGGUCUUAAGUUCACCAAGCUGGAAGAAAAUACAGCUAGAAAACUGACAUCUGCUGUCAAUCAGAGAAACUUGAGAAAACAAGCCGGCACAGUGGAAGACAUUCCUCACAGUGUUUCCCGAGGUUUGAUAACUCCUCCUAGGCUGCAUCCUGCCAACACAUCUCUGUUCAGACCUGGAAGUUUUCAGCUUCCAGGCCUCAUUCACUGCAGCAACACACAAUGUUUAGAUCAGAGCUCAGAGCUGCUGUUGUUCUACAGAAGAGGAAACUACGCAGUCGUUACUGAUCUACUGAAGAGAAAUUCAGAGUCACUAUUACUGAGAGCUGAAAUGGAGCAGAGAAUAGUUCUACUAAACAGAAGUAACUUUUCUUGUUCAAUUUGUUUGGAUCUACUGAAGGAUCCGGUGACUAUUCCUUGUGGACACAGUUACUGUAAAAACUGCAUUAAAAACCACUGGGAUGGAGAAGAUCAGAGGAGAAACCACAGCUGCCCUCAGUGCAGGAAAGAGUUCAUACCAAGACCUGAUCUGGAGAAAAACAUCAUGUUAGCUGCUUUAGUGGAGGAUCUGAAGAAGACUGGACUCCAAGCUGCUCCAGCUGAUCACUGCUAUGCUGGACCUGAAGAUAUGGGCUGUGAUGUCUGCAGUGGGAGGAAGAUGAAAGCUGUCAAGUCCUGUCUGGUUUGUUUAAUUUCUUACUGUGAGAAACAUCUUCAGCCUCAUUAUGAAUCUCCUGCUUUUAAAAAACACAAACUGGUGAAUCCCUCCAAAACUCUCAUGGAGAACAUCUGCUCUCGUCAUGAUGAGGUGAUGAAGAUGUUGAUGGAUGGUUAUGAAACAGUCCCAGCUGCAACAGAAAGAGCUGAGAAGCAGAAGAAGCUCCAGGAGAGUCGACAACAAAUCCAUCAGAGAAUCCAGGACGAAGAGAAAGAUGUGAAGCUGCUUCAACAGGAGGUGGAGGCCAUCAAUGUCUCUGCUGAUGAAGCAGUGGAGGACAGUGAGAAGAUCUUCACUGAGCUGAUCCGUUUUCUCUGGAAAAGAAGCUUUGAGGUGAAGCAGCAGAUCAGAUCCCAGCAGGAAACUGAAGUGAGUCGAGUCAAAGAUGUUCAGGAGAAGCUGGAGCAGGAGAUCACUGAGCUGAAGAGGAAAGACGCUGAGCUGGAGCAGCUCUCACACACAGAGGAUCACACCCAGUUUCUCCUCAACUACCCCUCACUGCCAGCACUCAGUGAGUCUACACACUCAUCCAGCAUCAACAUCCGUCCUCUGAGACACUUUGAGGACGUGACAGCAGCUGUGUCAGAGCUCAGAGACAAACUACAGAAAAUCCUGAGAGACACAUGGAGAAACAUCGAACAGGCAAUUAGUGAAGUUGAUGUUCUUCUGUCAGAACCAAAAACAAGAGAUGAAUUCUUAAAAUAUUCACAAGAAAUCACUCUGGAUCCAAACACAGCAAACAAAUAUCUGUUAUUAUCUGAGCAGAACAGAAAAGUAACAUUAACGAACCAGCAACAAGAUUAUCCAGAUCAUCCAGACAGAUUCAUUGAUUGUUAUCAAGUCCUGAGCAGAGAGAGUCUGACUGGUCGUUGUUACUGGGAGGUGGAGCAGACUGGGAGUGGAGUUUAUGUAGCCGUUUCAUACAAGAACAUCAACAGAAAAGAAGCCUUUGGGUUCAAUGACAGAUCUUGGUCUUUAUAUGGUUACACAGACAGUUACACAUUUUAUCACAACAACACUGCAGCACCAGGUCCAGUUUCCUCCAGACUGGGAGUGUAUCUGGACCACAGAGCAGGUAUUCUGUGUUUCUACAGCGUCUCUGGUACCAUGACUCUCCUCCACAGAGUCCAGACCAGAUUCACUGGGCCUCUACAUGCUGGAGUUGGUCUUUACUUCUCACUGUCCUGUCCUGGUGACUCCUCUGCUGAGUUCAUUAACCCAGAAUAAUCAGCAGUGAUCUGAGGUCCAGUUGGUUAAAAUGUGUAUUUUAGUCCCAGUUCCUUUAGUUUCCAUUAUUGUUGCUGAGAGAUCAGCUGUUUUAGUGGAGCUACUUUUCAUAUUUGUUGGUUUUAUUAAUGUUUGAUGUGUGAUGAGAAUCUCUAAUUUCUUUUUUUUUCCACAUUUAGCUGCAUUAUUAUGACAUUUAUCUCUUCUGUUUCUGAUUUCACCAGAAUCUGCUGGAGUUUCUGAUUAUUUCUAAAUGAACCAUUAAUAACUGUUAUAUCUGGAUCAUUAGUGUUUUUUCUCUGCUCUGCUUUCAGUGUGUUUUUAUUGUACCUCCUGAAUCUCCCUGCACUUCUUACUGUCCUGCUUUUAGUCUGAAUAUGUAACAAACUGCAAAGUGUGGAUUGUUAAAGCAUCUUAAACAUGAUAUUGAUUUACUGCUUUUCUCAUUUUUUCCAGCUGUUUUGUUUGUAAAUGCAGACAAAAUGCUCUGAUUUAUUUUAAUAUCUACUUUAGAACUCCAUAUAUGUCAUAUUAUUUGGCAUAAAGCAUUUUUAUGGUAGAGUUUUCACUUUGCUGUUAUGGUGAAAAGUCCAUUAAUUUUAGCAUAAACCUGUCAAUAAACGAUCAGAGGGAAAAAUGACUGAUUUAUAUCUCUGAACACUGGAUGGGUGAAUUGCUAUUCUUUACAUUUUAAUGUAAACAUCUACAAGAUUCAAGAACGUAGAAAUAAAAUAUAGAGAUUACAGUGGAGUAGAUUACUGACUGCUAGUUAUUACAGAUUAAACUGUUCAAAUCUGAUUUCUGGCUCUGAAAGUCAAAUCUAAAAUCCUCCAACAUGGCUGAAGUCCGACAGAUGAUGCAUAAAUGUGUUAAUGUGUCAGAAAGUAUGGCAACAAUGAGGGUUUUUUUUUACAACAGGAGAAGCAGGUUAGCAUUAGCAUCAACUCCAUCGUCUCUCUUUUUAACCUUCUGUGAAUUAAAAACUGUAGCGUAACCCGCCUGAUGAAGGAUGAGACUUUACAGAUGAACAUGAAGGUUUCAUUGCAAUAAAAUCAUAGUUUCAUUGUAACAGCUAUUCACACAAAGCAUAAUGUUAAAAGGUUUACAACAUAAAAUAACGGCUACAAUCUUAAAAACAACUUUAGUUUUAGCAUAUGAUCAAACAAAUGCUAUUAAAGAGGCUGUUAAUAAGAGAUUUUAACUAGCGCUCCACACGGGGGCGCUAGUCAGCUAUACAUUUUAUUACCUAGUUUUGUUGAUGUGAAAAACAAAGAGAGGACAAACUCCUCCUACUUUAACUGGUUUCAUAUUGUUAUAUUUUAUAUUAUGUUAUAUUUCUUCUGCCUCUCCUGAAUUUAACUUCACAUGAAUGUUUUAUUGUCAUACAAAAUAUAGAAAAAUAUUCAUUAAAUUGUUUUAUUGACACUUGCUAUAUUUACAACCUACCUGGGUAUUUUUUCUGUUAAUAAAAAGGUUUUUGUGUAAUAAA